UGAUGUAUCACACUCCCUCAAAACUCUCCAUAUCGAUUUCAGUCCUCGGGAAUAAUCAUUAGAGCCAAUCCUGUAAGCACUAUGCGGUGUGCGUAUUUUGCGUAAGGAGGGGGCGCCACUGAAGCAGAUCCUGGGUUGCCCCCGACACCACGCGCACUACAUCAAACAACCACAGAGAGAGGAGUGGAUGUAGGAGGGCUUCGCAACAUGUGUAGGCUUGGAAAACCAUCUCAUGGAUGUAAUAGGAAGUUUUUUUACAAAUGACAAUGGCAAAAGAAGAGGGGUCUUUUUAAAAUGGUUAGUCCGAUGCAUUUUCUCUGUACUGUCUUGGCACCAUUGGCGUUUCAUGACAACACCCCACGAUGAAGUUCGGAAAAAGCAUUUGUAUUCUAAACGUCGGGGGCACCAAGUAUGCAUUCUCUAGGGAAAUCAUAAAAGAUUUCCCUCUCCGACGGGUAAGUAGACUGCACAAUUGCUCGUCCGAAAAGGAGGUUUUGGAGGUGUGUGAUGACUAUGACCGCGAGCGAAAUGAGUUCUUCUUCGAUAGACACUCAGAGGCUUUUGUCUUCAUUAUGCUGUACGUGCGUUCGGGGAGACUCAGGUUCGCCCCGAAAAUGUGCGAACUCUCUUUCUACAAUGAGAUGAUAUACUGGGGUCUGGAGAGUUCACAUCUGGAGUUUUGUUGCCAGAGGCGACUCGACGACAGGAUGUCCGACACACACACUUACUUAUUCGAGGAGGACAACCAGCCAGAGGAAGAGCCUAGAGGCGAAGAGGUGACCGCCACGGACCCUGCUGUCUCCACAGGAUGGAGCAUGAGAUGGAUAGGAAAACUCAGAAGGAUUUUUGAGGAACCGGCAUCGUCGGUCGCUGCACAAAUUGUAGCCGCCUUGUCUGUUAUUUGUGUCAUCGUAUCCAUGGUCAUUCUUUGUGCCAGUACUCUGCCAGAUUGGGAAACAGCCAAAAAUAAAAAACUAGAAGAGCACAGCAGGAUCAUUGAGGCUGUGUGCAUCGGCUGGUUCACCGCAGAGUGCAUUGUGCGCUUCCUGCUCUCCCGAGACAAGUGUGAGUUCGUCCGCCAGCCACUGAACAUCAUCGACCUCCUGGCCGUCAGCCCGUACUACGUGUCGAUGGCCGCCGCGGCGCUGCUGGGUGAGAGUCUGGAGAUGCAGCGCGCUGGCAUCGUGCUGUGCAUGCUGCGCAUGACGCGCAUCUUCUGGCUCAUCAAGCUGGCGCGCCACUUCCACGGCCUGCAGACGCUGGGUCUGACGCUGCAGCACUGCCGCCGCGAGCUGGUCAUGCUGCUGGUGUUCAUGUGCGUGGCCACGGCCAUCUUCAGCGCGCUGGCCCAGCUGCUGGAGCACGGCCUGGACCUCCAGUCCAGCAGCCAGGACUACAACAGCAUCCCCGCGGCCAGCUGGUGGGUGAUCAUCUCCAUGACAACGGUGGGCUACGGUGACAUGUACCCCAUCACGGUGCCGGGUCGAGUGCUGGGCGGGGUGUGUGUGGUGAGUGGCAUCGUGCUGAUCUCGCUGCCAAUCAGCUUCAUCUACCACAGCUUCCUGCAGUGCUAUCACCAGCAACGCUUCCGCACCUCACGCCACCCCUAGAGCCUCUCUGCUGAGCACCUCAACUGACCUGUGGUCAGCCUUGUUCUGUGCUGCUCAUCUGUAUCGGUCACAUACGCUGACCCUCCGUCAGCCCUUCACAGUCUAACUGAACAUUUUAGUCUUUUAGAGUUUAACAAUCUGGGGACUUUUCUUUCUCUUAUAAUAGUCUUCAACAUGGUGUUUAGAGCAAAGUCCGCAUUACACCAGAAAAUACUUUAUUUUGGGUCUAUCACUAUGGUAUCCCCGUUAACUGUUGUAAUGCUAGCAAAAUAUGGUUUACCACACUGACAGACAUGUUUUACUUAGUCUGAAAUGUGAGUACGUUUUUAGGAAUCAAAAGAUAACCUGAAAUAACACUUAACACAUGGCUGCAGUACAUGAGUGUUAUAGUUGUGGGGCUACACACUAAUGGGUACUACAGAAAGACACUGAACACAUGGAAAGCUGAAUUCUGAAAUAUCAGUCUAGAUCUACUGUCAGACGUCUGUGACACACAAGUCGUUUGUUUUGUUAGCAGAUAUAUCCCAAAGAGGAAUGUCCUUUUGAAGACCUAGUGGUAAAAUUCUAUUCUUUUCACAAGUACCAGCAGAGCACACAAGAGUUGAAGAGCACAAUUCUCUGGUUCAGC